ACGUACUCUCUACCAAUGGCAAAGCCCGUUGUUACUGCUCUUGUCCAAUAGUGUCCGCUUUCACAGGGCAGUGGGUCCAUUCUCACCGCGUUUGUUCCUUCGAUGUUGGCAGAGGGCCGCUGUCCUAGCAGAUAUUGGUAUAAUAGCCUAAGCACUUCAAAUGGUGAGGUUUGUCUUGUUUCGCGCGUCCACUUCUUAAUUCUACUGUCAAGGAGAGUUCUACAAAAGAGGAACCAACACGAGUAAGCUAAUGUGCUAAGAUUGUAACUGGAAGUAUCAAGUUUGUGUACACGGGUAAUUUUGCAGAUUUAAUCCAACAAGAGGCGCUAGUUAGCUAACAUAGCCAGCUAAAUACUUCAUUUUGUUACCGAGGCGGAGUUGCUUGUCAUAGCGAGCAACAUGCCGGAAUAUCUGGAGGACCCGUCUGUUCUCACCAAAGAUAAACUCAAGAGCGAGCUUUUGGCCAACAAUGUUGCUCUCCCAACCGGAGACCAGCGAAAGGAAGUUUAUGUGCGUCUGUAUCUGAAAAACUUGACGGUGCAGAACAACAAGAUCCUAUCUACAGACGCCUUCUCCAGCGACGAGGAGUUGCUUGUCCCGGUAGUGUCAAACAAAAGUCGCUCGGGCAGGAAAGCCACGAGGAAAACAGACAAGCCUCGACCAGAGGACCUGGAUGUGACUGAGCUGACCAGUGAGGGCCUGAAGGAUGAGUUGCUCAAGUAUGGAAUCAACAUAGGACCCAUCGUGGCCUCAACCCGUAAGCUGUAUGAGAGAAGGCUCCAGAAGCUGUUGGACCAGGGUCCUCCUGAAACCGUGGCUUUACCGGUGGUCAUCACUCAGGUAGACAGCAACCACAACGGCAACUCUGACUCAGACCGCUACAGCGACAAGGAAGAAGAGGUGACUACAGAACCAGAGCCUGUCCCAGUCCCCAUGGUGGAGAGACCUGUCAGAAGCAGAGGGAAGACCCCAGUCACCACCAGGAUUCGCAGCAGCCAGCACAACCGGAUCUAUGCUCCGGAGGAGGAGGAUGAUGAUCUUGAGGAAGAGCAUCCUGUGUUGAACAUAAAGAGACCAUUGAGGAGAUCAUCUCAUAGAGUCGACCAGAUGGUCCCUGCAAGCGAUGAUACUGAUGUCUCUGAGCUAUCAGCUGGUGAGGGAGUUCUUCACCCUCCAAGAGAGGCAAAGACCAAGGCACCUCUGCUUCUGGAAGUCCUUAAGGAACCUAAGCCUAUAUUGGCAGAGAAGCCAAGCUCUAAGUCCACGCCCUUACUGCAUGGCCUAGCCCAUGCCCAGUCCACUAGGACUAUCCAUCAGGUUGUCCUAACAGCCAGGGCCGAGUCUCCAUCACCCAGACUGACUCAGGAUGGGUUCGGAAUAAUUUACAUACCAUGUGUAAACGGCGUGUGCAGCACAAAGCCAAACAUCUCGACUGUUUCAACGCAGUGGACAAGUUUGACACCUGAUCUGUGCUGUGAUGAGGAUGGUGGUCUUCCUCUCACUCUGACAACGAAAGCUCCCAGUCGUGAGCUAAACACCCUACUCAAUACAGCUCUUUUAGAGGAUCCUGUACCAAGUAUCCAUGCUCCAGUAGGACAGAGCAUAAGACCCCUGAAACAAUGGCCUCUGGGGGUACCACAGGAAGUCCGCCCGCUCCAAGUAGCCAACUCUUCCCCACUACCUCGUUUGUCUGGAAAUGACCCCUUGGCCUCCUUCACCGUCAGGCCUGUAAGCUACGCCUCACACACCCCCUCAUCUCCAUCCCUGAAAGAACAACUGGAAUCCCUAUCAUCUCUCUCUGCCAAGUUUGACAUGCUGUCCAAUCGCUUUACUCGGCAGGAUCAGCUUAAGUGUAAAAAUGACCUCGAACCUAAAUGGAAACAGCAGAAAAACACCCCCUUCCUCUCCUCUGUGACCCCAGUGAGGGGGCAGGACAGUGUCUCCUUGAGUAUCUCUAAGGAGCCAUGGGUGGAGAAGAUAGCAUCUGGUGAGCAGACACCCAACAGGGUGGAUGAGAAGGAUAUCCUGAAGGAGAUGUUCCCCUACGAGACCAACACUCCAACAGGAAUCAACGCCACCUGUCGACGGCCCAUCCGAGGGGCAGCCGGCAGGCCCCUAAAGUCUGGUGACCUAUGGACAGAUGAGACCCUCCUGCACUCCUCUCACUCUUCCUACACAGAGAGCCGCACCGCCACCGUCCACAGAGUCCCCACCCUGCCCCCCUCUACCAGGCUGUUAACGUCAGUGGCACCCCCUGCUGGAAAGGCCAUAGCACCACCCCAUGGCCUGCCUGUCUGGCUGAAGCUGCUGCUCCUCGGCAUUGUAGCUGGCUUCAUAUUCUUCAUCUACCAGACCAUGGAGACCAACGCUAUGGCCCCCUUCGGAGGGUCCUCAGAUUCCAUGCAGACCAGUGGCAGUGAGGUCCGCAAGUGAAGCCUGGAAGACAGUGCUCUGGCAGCAUAAUGUUACUGCCACCACUUUCAUCGUUCCUCACUUCCUUGGCAUUUUUGUUUUUUCCCCCUGUUUCCGUCACUCAUAAUUGGUUAAAUGGUCUGGUACGGGAGCCUAAUCUCUAUCGAUGCCUCCUGAAGACGACAAUGUCCAAAAUGAUAUAUUGAACUUUGAAGAUGACCACCACUUCUCAUUCUAAAAUGACAAUACUGUCUUCUGUUUGUUUCAGUCUGUCCUUUCCCCAUCUGUGAGGCUGAGAGAAAGCCAGUCGCACCAAUGAUCUCCAGAGAACGUACAUACACCGAAACAGUGGCUUCCAAAUUAUGUGAACUUGCCUUAUAUGGUCUAUGUUUUAGUUUUACAUCUCUGCAUGGUGUAAUCGUAUGAUUGCAUUUGCCGGAGUCUGUGAAAGAGAAUUGCCUGUGUGCGUGUCUGUGUUUAACACGGUUUGCUUUUGUAAUGCUGUCACCAUAAUCUAAUGCAGUUAUUAGCAAAAUAAACAGUCAGGCAAAGACUGAAGGAAUUUCAACCAAUUGUAUUCAGAUAUUCUUGAUCGAAUCAUGUAUACAGCGGGUAUGUGUGUGAGAUGGGGAUUCUUAACUCAUGCACACACAGCUCUUAUGUCUUUUUUUUUUUAUUGAAAUUGUCUGUGGAGCCUAAUUAGUCAUGUAUGUAUUCAUUGUAAUAAAUAAUGUAAUAUCCUAUCAAUAAAACUGUAAUAUGUAAGGAUAA